AUGGCCCUUCUUCGGCUCGUCUUCCUCCUCUGCCUCUUCAACAUCGUGUUCGUGUCCUCCGCAGCGCGGAAUCUCGUAACCAGCCUCCCGGACGUGAGCGUGGACGACGACAAUGGGGCCGAGCUGUUCUACUACUUCAUCGAGUCGGAGUCUGAUCCCCGCCGUGACCCCGUCCUUCUCCGGCUCACCGGCGGCGACCGCUGCACCGUCUUCAGCGGCCUUGCCUUUGAGAUAGGGCCAGUGAAGUUCAUCAGGGAGCCCUACAAUGGAAGCCUGCCUCGGCUAGAGUACAAUCCCUACUCCUGGACCAAGGCAGCCAACAUCCUAUUUGUCGAUUCGCCGGUUGGCGCCGGAUUCUCCUUCUCCAGGGAUCCUAAGGGCUAUGAUGUUGGGGAUCUAUCUUCCACACUGCAGCUCAAGAAAUUUCUCAGUAAGUGGUUCGACGAGCACCAAGAUCUCCUUACGAACCCUUUCUAUGUUGGAGGGGAUUCCUACGCUGGAAAGAUCAUCCCAUAUCUCGUGCAGAAGAUUUCAGAAGAUAUUGAAGGAGAAGUCAGGCCUUCUCUUAAUCUUAAGGGCUACCUUGUAGGAAACCCUUCUACUGGUGAGAGCAUUGACGACGAUUCCCGAGUACCAUAUGCUCACGGAGUCGGAAUCAUUUCAGACCAAUUGUACGAGUGCACGUAA